AUGGAAUGCCCAGACUGUAGUUCGGGGCCUUUCUACGUGUAUUCUGCUCUAGAAUCGCAUAGAGGUAGUGCGGCUUGCAGAAUAGCUGCUGCAUCCAGAGGCGCAGAGGCGUCCGACUCCCCACCAAUCCAACCCCCCGCUCAACGUCGGCGCGUGUGGAGUCCUUCCAGCAGUGAAAACGUAUUCGUACCACCUACGUUUGAUGAGCCAGCCGAUGAGGACGGUGUAGAUGCGGCAGCUGCUCGUGCCGCCGAUGAUCCGGAGGCAUUCAUGGCACGCAUGAGUGACUCGAGUGGGAUCGACGAAGUUUCUCAUAUUCCCAACGGAUCUAAUCCGCGCCCCGCAGCUCCAUUCUCCUUCAAGGACGAAUUGGCAUGCUGGAUUCUCCAAGAGCGUGUAUCUCAACUCCCACUCUACCUCUCCCUGCCAUUCCUUCUCUCCCCUGCGCUUCCCUCUCGCGCCUUGCCCCGCAUUCUGGUUUUCCAGUCCCACUCUACCUCUCCCUGCCAUUCCGUCUCUCCCCUGCGCUUCCCUCACGCGCCUUGCCCCGCAUUCUGGUUUUCCAGUCCCACUCUACCUCUCCCUGCCAUUCCUUCUCUCCCCUGCGCUUCCCUCACGCGCCUUGCCCCGCAUUCUGGUUUUCCAGUCCCACUCUACCUCUCCCUGCCAUUCCUUCUCUCCCCUGCGCUUCCCUCACGCACCUUGCCCCGCAUUCUGGUUUUCCAGUCCCACUCUACCUCUCCCUGCCAUUCCUUCUCUCCCCUGCGCUUCCCUCUCACGCCUUGCCCCGCAUUCUGGUUUUCCAGUCCCACUCUACCUCUCCCUGCCAUUCCUUCUCUCCCCUGCGCUUCUUUCAAUAAUCUGGCCCCACUCUCAGAUCGCCUUGGCAUCGACGACGUCGUUGCCACUCUCAUUCUCUCGUCGGAUGAGACAAUAGCUGACGGCCGAGGAAAAGCUAAGGGGCAUCCCAUCUACAUGUCAUUGGGAAACAUUCAUCAUGAGGAUCGCUGGAAGCCAUACGGGCAUGCGCUCAUUGCAACGUUACCGGAGUUUCCGGCGGAGUACACGUCGGUUGACCGACUGCAGAUCUUCCAGGGGACCCGUGUGCAUGACCAGUCUGGUCACGUUUUCACGGCCUACCCAGCACUAUACGCCUAUGUGGCGGACUACCCAGAGACGUGCAAACUCACCUGCACCAAGUCUCUAGAGACGAAUAUCGCUCAUCUGAAGAACAAGAUGUCAUCUACAAGGCCGUCUCUGCACGGCAACGAGGUGGGCCUCACCCGCAAACCUACAGCACUCAUCAUGUAG